UGGCUGGCUGCUUCCGCUCGACUCCACCCCUCCGGCAGACGAAGGCAUGGCGAGCACCGAGGCAAGAAGGGAGUGUGAGACAGAGGGCUGCAGCGAGGACGCCAAACUCCAGUGUCCCACAUGUAUCAAGCUUGGUAUUCAAGGCUCCUAUUUCUGUUCCCAGGAAUGCUUCAAAGGGAGCUGGGGGUCUCACAAGCUGCUGCACAAAAAAGCAAAGGACGACAAGAACCAGAAUGAAUCCAGGAACUGCGUGGAGAAGGACAUCAACACGGACCCAUGGCCCGGCUACCGCUACACGGGGAAACUAAACCCCCACUACCCACUGACUCCCAUGAGGCUCGUGCCCAGUGACAUCCAAAGACCCGACUACGCCGAUCACCCCAGAGGCAUAUCCGAGUCGGAGCAGUUUCUGAAGGGGACGUCGCAGAUCAAGAUCCUUUGUCCCGAGGACAUCGAGGGCAUGCGGGUGGUGUGCACUCUGGCGCGAGAAGUCCUGGACCUGGCAGCCGAGCUGGUGAAAGUGGGCGUCACAACAGAGGAGAUCGACCACGCCGUGCACCUGGCCUGCAUAGCCAGGAACUGCUACCCCUCCCCCCUCAACUACUACAACUUCCCCAAAUCCUGCUGCACGUCCGUCAAUGAAGUCAUCUGCCACGGCAUCCCGGACAGACGGCCAUUAGAAGAAGGAGAUAUCCUCAACGUGGACAUCACCGUCUACCACAACGGUUUCCAUGGUGACCUCAACGAAACCUUCUACAUCGGCGAGGUGGAUGAAGAGACGAAGAAGCUGGUUCACACCACAUACGAAUGCCUUAUGCAAUCCAUCGACUCUGUGAAGCCGGGCAUCCGCUACAGAGAGCUGGGCAACAUCAUUCAGAAGCACGCGCAGGCCAACGGCUUCUCUGUGGUGCGGAGCUACUGCGGCCACGGCAUCCACCGGCUCUUCCACACCGCUCCCAACGUGCCCCAUUACGCCAAAAACAAAGCGGUUGGAGUAAUGAAGCCCGGCCACGUGUUCACCAUCGAGCCCAUGAUAUGUGAAGGUGGCUGGCAGGACGAGACGUGGCCCGACGGCUGGACGGCGGUGACCAGGGACGGGAAGCGCUCGGCGCAGUUCGAACACACCCUGCUGGUGACGGAGACCGGCUGCGAGAUCCUCACCCGCCGCCUGGAGGACAACGGCCGCGCCCACUUCCUCAACCAAAUGUAGGCGGGACUGGAACGCGGCAGAGGACGGGACUCUCCGGACAUUGCGCCUCCUGGGCCUCACGCACGCCAACACGCACACACCUCCAACGAAGAGGCUCCCCCCCCCCCCCCCCCCCCUCACUCUUGAGCUCUUGCGGCUCUCAUUGUGCUUUGAAUUAAAUAUCGGUUCCUCAAAUGUAAUGGAAGUACUUGAAUGUGUCUUAUAUUACCCGUGGAUCGCUUUGUUAGUGAAAACUGUACCCGGAGGACCCAUGAACAUGAGAUUCGGGUUUUGGUCAGUUGCCCAGAGUUUCUUGCUUGUGUGUGUGUGUGUGUGUGUGUGUGUGUGUGUGUGUGUGUGUGUGUGUGUGUGUGUGUGUGUGUGUGUGUGUGUGUGUGUGUGUGUGUGUGUGUGUGUGUGUGUGUGUGUGUGUGUGUGUGUGUGUGUGUGUGUGUGUGUGUGUGUGUGUGUGUGUGUGGGCGUUGCUCAUGGCAAAUCAAACUAACAUGCCGUGCUUUGCGUCUUUUCUCUCAACCGCUGUCGACUUCAUCACAAUUUGUACGAAUCUCCCAGAGACGGAUGACAAAAAAAAAGUAUCAGCAAUACUGGAGAAAAAGGAGGGUUCCCGGAAGGUCGGGGUCAACAAGUCUCACAAAAUCCCACCAGCUGGGAGACGGCUUCUUACAGACAUCAGAACAUUAACAGACGAAUCCAAAAGAGAGAUUAGACAUUUUAGGAAAUACACCGGCCCCCAGAUGAAGGACAGAGGUCAACGCCAUACAGAGUUAGCUUAGCAAGAAGAUUACACUUCAGUGGCAAACCGUAUUGAAAGCGCAAUAAGAAACAUGCAGACCUCAAUUGUUGUUGUUGUGCAAAAAAUGAGGUGACACACAAUUUGUGAACGUUUCUUGUUGAUCCCGCUUGCGGGGAGUCUCCCUCGGCCUCAUCGCUUUGCCCACAGCCCCGGUGUAGCAAACUGAGCCUUAACGUAUGGAUCUAUAAAUCCGGAUGUCUCGAGGCAGGUUAGCCGACGUCUGCCCCCCCCCCCCCCCCCCCGGAGGUCACCGAGCACCGCGGCGUCUCAUUCUUUCUGUUUUCAGAGGACUAAUGUGAUCACCGUUUCUCUGCCAUCUUUGUAUUCCCUCUAAUGGAGUAAUAAAUGACUCUUGUGUA